CGCCCCUGCGGUGGGCUCAGCCGCGUGACAUGCCUUCACGACCCCCCUCUUCCCGGCCCCACCCACGCUGCCGGCCCCCCAUUCAUUCAUGAGGCUCCGUGGAAUGCUCACUCCUAGCGCUGCGCUGAAAUCCCGGGGCGCUGGCCGCGAGCGAACCUGGGGGAGUGUACGGGCGGCGUUGCCCCGGAAUCGCCGCGGAGAGGGGAUCGAGGGUUUGGGCGGCUUGAAAAGGCGGGUUCGGACAAAGAAAACGACUUUGCUAUUAAGCAUUAGUGUUCAGCCAAGUUCUUUCGUGUGUAAAACGAUCUGCCCGAGGGCGGUCUUUAGAAUCUUUUGCAAAGAGGAAACGAUUUGGUGAUGGAGUGCUCCCACUGACCGAUGGACUCAAAGAAGAGAAGCUCAACAAAGGCAGAAGGAUCCAAAGAAAGAGGCCUGGUCCAUGUCUGGCAGGCGGGAUCCUGCUCUGUAACCCCAGAGAGAUUGCCCGGCUGGGGAGAAAGGACUGUUCUUCAGGCGGCCCUGGGAGUGAAGCAUGGAGUUCUUCUGACGGAAGAUGGGGCAGUGUACAGCUUCGGCACCCUUCCCUGGAGAAGUGCACCAGCAGAGACCUGUCCGAGCAGCCCCAUUCUAGAACAUGCCCUGGUUGGGCAAUGUGUCGUUACUGUGGCAGCGGGGAGUUUCCACAGUGGAGCGGUGACAGAAAGCGGUGUCGUGUACAUGUGGGGAGAGAACUCCGCUGGCCAGUGCGCCGUCGCCAACCAGCAGUGGGUUCCGGAGCCCAGUGCCGUCAGCAUUGCUGACUCCGAGACCAGUCCUUCGUUAGCAGUCAGGAUUUUGCAGUUGGCAUGUGGAGAGGAGCACACACUGGCAUUGUCGAUAAGCAGAGAGAUUUGGGCAUGGGGUACCGGUUGUCAGUUGGGUCUCAUGACCACUACCUUCCCAGUGACAAAGCCACAAAAGGUGGAGCAUCUUGCUGGGCGUGUAGUGCUCCAGGUCGCCUGUGGCGCGUUCCACAGCUUAGCACUCGUGCAGUGCCCCCCUUCUCAGAAGCCAGUCCCGGAACGAUGCAACCAGUGCAGCCAGCUCUUGAUGACUAUGACUGACAAAGAAGACCACGUGAUUAUAUCAGACAGCCAUUGUUGCCCACUAGGUGUGACAUUGGCGGAAUCCCAGGCAGAAAACCAGGCUAGCACUGCCAUCAGCCCCUCCACGGAAACCCGGGACAGCCAGGGAGAAGUGUUUGAGAACACGCAUAUACAGCAUGAUCUGGCUGUAGCUAACAAACUGAAUGUUGGAAAUGUUCAGACCACCAGUGGCGAUGCUGUUCCCCCCCAACUAGACAUCAUAGGAACAACGGAAACAUCUUCUGCUAGAAAUAUACCAUUGGACCCUGAUGCUCCAGCAGGGAAUGAACACGUGCAGAAACUGUCAGAUCCCUCAAAGAGAGAGAACUCGGAGAACGGUGAAAAGCCAGUGCCAUCCCAGCCUCUUGUAGAAGAAGCAGUUCCUAAUCUUCACAGCCCACCAACCACAAGCACCUCAGCCCUAAACAGCCUCGUGGUCUCGUGUGCAUCUGCUGUUGGUGUGAGAGUGGCUGCUACCUAUGAAGCCGGGGCCUUGUCUCUUAAGAAAGUUAUGAACUUUUAUAGUACAGCCCCAUGUGAGCCUGGAGCUCAGGCAGGCAGCAGUUCCAUAGGCCCAGAAGGUCUGAAGGACAGCAGAGAAGAGCAGGUUAAACAGGAAUCCAUGCAAGGAAAGAAGAGUUCAAGUCUCGUGGAUAUCAGAGAAGAAGAAUCAGAGGGAGGCAGCCGCAGGCUCUCCCUCCCUGGAUUGUUGUCACAAGUGUCCCCCAGGCUGCUAAGAAAGGCUGCACGGGUGAAAACACGGACAGUGGUUCUGACCCCGACAUACAGCGGAGAAGCAGAUGCGCUCCUGCCUUCCCUGAGAACAGAGGUGUGGACCUGGGGCAAAGGGAAGGAAGGGCAGCUGGGGCAUGGCGACGUCCUGCCCAGGCUUCAACCAUUGUGUGUAAAAUGUCUGGAUGGUAAAGAAAUAAUUCACCUGGAGGCAGGUGGCUACCAUUCCCUUGCACUUAGUGCGAAAUCCCAGGUUUACUCAUGGGGUAGCAAUACCUUUGGCCAACUUGGGCAUUCCGAUUUUCCAACAACUGUUCCUCGUCUUGCAAAGGUAAAGAGUGACAAUGGAGUCUGGAGUGUAGCCGCAGGCCAGGAUUAUUCCCUGUUUUUAGUGGAUACAGAAGACUUCCAGCCUGGGUUGUAUUACAGUGGCCGGCAGGACCUUACAGAAGGUGACAACCUUCCAGAGAAUCCCAGUGGUACUAAGGCUCCAGUACUUCUCUCCUGUAGUAAGCUUGGAUAUAUAAGCAGAGUGGCAGCCGGAAGAGACAGCUAUCUAGCCUUGGUGGACAAGAACAUUAUGGGGUAUAUUGCCAGUCUCCAUGAGUUGGCUGCUACGGAAAGACGGUUUUAUUCAAAACUAAGUGACAUCAAAUCUCAGAUUCUCAGGCCUCUUCUCAGUUUAGAAAAUUUGGGCACCGCAAGUACUGUCCAGCUGUUGCAGGAAGUGGCAAGCCGGUUCAGUAAGCUGUGUUACCUAAUUGGGCAGCAUGGAGCCUCACUGAGCAGCUUCCUUCAAGGGGUCAAGGAAGCCAGCAGCCUGGUCAUUCUGAAGCACGCCAGCCUCUUCUUGGAUAGUUACACAGAGUAUUGUACAGCUAUUACACAUUUCCUGGUUAUGGGAGGAUUCCAGCUGCUCGCUAAGCCUGCCAUUGAUUUCCUAAAUAAAAACCAGGAGCUGUUGCAAGAUUUAUCAGAAGUGACUGAUGAAAACAUCCAGUUGAUAGAAAUACUGAAUACUUUGUUUUUCUUGCCAACUAGACGACUUCAUAAUUAUGCAGAAGUUUUGCUAAAGCUUGCUACUUGUUUUGAAGUGACAUCUCCAGAAUACCAGAAACUGCAGGAUUCCAGUUCUUGUUAUGAGUGUCUUGCUCUCCAUCUCGGCAGGAAAAGGAAGGAAGCAGAAUACACACUGGGCUUCUGGAAGACUUUCCCUGGGAAAAUGACAGAUUCCUUAAGGAAGCCAGAGCGCCGACUGCUGUGUGAGAGCAGUAACCGAGCCUUAUCUCUGCAGCAUGCUGGGAGGUUCUCUGUGAACUGGUUCAUUCUCUUUAAUGAUGCCCUGGUCCACGCCCAGUUCUCCACACACCAUGUUUUCCCUUUGGCCACCAUCUGGGCAGAGCCCCUUUCUGAAGAAGCGGGUGGUGUGAAUGGCUUAAAGAUAACUACACCUGAGGAGCAGUUCACUCUCAUUUCAUCAACACCCCAGGAAAAGACUAAGUGGCUACGGGCUAUAAGCCAAGCUGUGGAUCAGGCUUUGAGGGGGGCGUCUGAUCAUCCACCUUAUGGAGGUGGCGGCAGCAUUCAGAGGCAGGAGCCGCCCAUUUCACGCAGUGCUAAAUACACUUUCUACAAGGAUCCUCGCCUGAAGGAGGCAACCUAUGAUGGACGCUGGUUUUCAGGGAAGCCUCAUGGAAGAGGGGUUUUGAAGUGGCCAGAUGGAAAGAUGUAUUCUGGCACGUUCAGGAAUGGCUUGGAAGAUGGGUAUGGAGAAUACAGAAUCCCAAACAAAGCACUGAGCAAAGAAGACCAUUAUGUGGGCCAUUGGAAAGAAGGAAAGAUGUGUGGUCAGGGAGUCUAUAGUUAUGCCUCUGGUGAAGUGUUUGAAGGUUGUUUUCAAGAUAACAUGCGUCAUGGUCAUGGUCUGCUACGAAGUGGAAAAUUGACUUCCUCUUCUCCUAGCAUGUUCAUUGGUCAAUGGGUAAUGGAUAAGAAAUCAGGAUAUGGUGUCUUUGAUGAUAUCACAAGGGGGGAAAAGUACAUGGGAAUGUGGCAAGAUGAUGUAUGUCAAGGGAAUGGUGUGGUAGUUACCCAGUUUGGAUUAUACUAUGAAGGCAACUUUCACCUUAAUAAAAUGAUGGGAAAUGGGGUUUUGCUUUCUGAAGAUGAUACGAUCUAUGAGGGAGAAUUUUCGGAUGACUGGACUCUUAACGGAAAGGGAACACUGACUAUGCCAAAUGGAGAUUACAUUGAAGGUUAUUUUAGUGGAGAAUGGGGAUCUGGCAUAAAAAUCACUGGAACUUACUUCAAGCCUAGUCUGUAUGAGAGUGAUAAAGACAAACCCAAAGUUUUCAGGAAACUAGGAAAUCUGGCCGUGCCGGCUGAUGAGAAGUGGAAAGCAGUGUUUGAUGAAUGUUGGCAUCAGCUGGGCUGUGAAAGUCCAGGCCAAGGGGAAGUUUGGAAAGCAUGGGAAAAUAUUGCUGUGGCCCUGACUGCCAACCGGCGCCAACACAGAGACAGUCCAGAGAUACUAAGUCGUUCACAGACUCAGACACUAGAGAGUUUGGAAUUCAUUCCUCAGCAUGUUGGUGCCUUCUCAGUGGAGAAAUAUGAUGACAUCAAGAAAUAUCUAAUAAAGGCCUGUGACACUCCUAUGCACCCCCUGGGCAGGCUCGUGGAGACACUGGUUGCUGUGUACAGAAUGACGUACGUGGGUGUGGGAGCCAACCGCCGGUUACUGCAGGAGGCUGUGAAGGAGAUUAAGUCCUACCUUAAGCGAAUUUUCCAGCUGGUGAGGUUUUUAUUUCCCGAGCUUCCUGAAGAGGGCAGCACCAUUCCUCUCUCCGCUCCUCUGCCCACAGAAAGGAAAUCCUUCUGCACUGGGAAGUCAGAUUCCAGAUCCGAAUCCCCAGAGCCGGGUUACGUGGUAACCAGUUCUGGGUUGCUGCUUCCCGUGCUCCUGCCUCGGCUCUACCCACCACUGUUCAUGCUCUAUGCCCUGGAGAACGACCGUGAGGAGGACGUGUACUGGGAGUGUGUUCUGCGACUGAACAAGCAGCCAGAUAUUGCUCUGCUGGGCUUCCUUGGGGUGCAGAGGAAAUUUUGGCCAGUGACCUUGUCAAUCCUUGGAGAGACUAAAAAGGUUUUGCCAACCACAAAAGAUGCUUGUUUUGCCUCAGCCGUGGAAUGUCUACAGCAGAUCAGCACAACGUUUACCCCAUCAGACAAACUGAAAGUCAUCCAGCAGACUUUUGAGGAGAUCUCUCAGGGCGUGCUGGCGUCUCUGCAGGAGGACUUCUUGUGGUCCAUGGACGACCUGUUUCCUGUUUUCUUAUAUGUGGUGCUACGGGCCAGGAUUAGGAAUUUAGGCUCUGAGGUACAUCUCAUUGAGGAUCUAAUGGACCCAUAUCUUCAGCAUGGGGAACAGGGCAUAAUGUUCACCACCUUGAAGGCAUGUUACUACCAGAUCCAGCGUGAGAAGCUUAACUAGGUUGCGUAACAGCUAACAACUGGAUUAUCUCUACAGAGUGUUAUAGCACCAUCUGGCACCUUCCUGUAGUGGCAAAAAAGAAUGGACUUGAAGUUAGGAUGUUUUGUUAUUUUGGUUAUUUCUGAGCCUUACUAAUGAUCAGAGCUCUGAGCCCAGAGGAAAAGACUGUACAGUUUAAAGGGAAGAUCGAAGAGGAGGUAGAAUUCAGAUUGGACCAGUCCCUGGUCUAUGUUAAGCUCCCCAACUCUCAUCUACUACUGUUUGAAGAAAGAGGACAUCCCCUCCUUCGGCGAAGGGUACGCUGCUCCACACCAUCAGGAAGGUUCUCAGUGAAGGAAGUCGAUGGACAUUUUUGAGUUUCUGGUUUGCCUGCAGUUACCCCAGACCCUUUUGCAAGGAGCAGAUUGUUCUCGAAACGACGGUUACCACACUCUGCCUUCCUAGGUUCCUUGCAAUCCUGGGUGCAUCCUGCUGCUUUGCUGAGACAGGGGCAAGAGGAACUUUUAAACUGCAGUUUUAACUUUUUCUAAGCUUUUCCACCAGGGUAUUCAUCAUAGGAGAGAGGUUCAAUAUAAUGACCAACAAAUUCCAACCCCAAACAAGGAUCGUGUCCAAAUAGGAGUAUUCUGCCUCCUGAGUAAAAGAACAUAGGAAUCUUGUCCUUGGUUUCCUUACAAUGAGCUGCUGCCGAUCCUCCCCUGUCCACAGGCAAAGGCUGUGCCUGGGGCCUGGGAAUGAGGCGAAGACUUUUGCAUGCAGGCUGCAGUGGAGCAAAGACUAGGAGACGGGGACGCGGAGGCCUGCGUCCGUCCCUGACCUCGUGUUGUGCUUCCCUGUGCCUCACAGGGGACUCACAGGGGAAGGAAAAGGAAACGCGCUCGGCUUUUCCCAUCUCACAAGUAUUGUGACACCUCAACGUCGUAGUGUUUUGCUUUUUUUAUGUUGUAAGUGGUGGGUUUAUACUGUACAAGUAACACUAGUAGCUGUUUGGAUAACAUAGGUGCUCUUCCUCAUCUCAUCUGCACACGUGAGGAGCGUACGGAGUGUCCUCCUGAUUUAUGUUAAACAGCAGAUGCUAACAAACAGGAUCAUGGUUUUUGCUCUACUUUAUAAUCAAGACGAGUGUUUAUUAAAAUACUGUUUUGGAAUGUUGGCUGUAAUGUAACAGCAAUUUUCAUAAUAAAAGACAUUCAUCUUUAUGAGGUUGUUUUGAUUGCAAAAGAAAUGACACAGGGCAGACUACAAUUUUAAAAGAAGCCGGGCUUCGUGUUUUGGUGCCCACAUUGUCAUCUGCCUCAGAGGUUCCUCUAGGGUCUCAGACAUCUCUCUUUAAAAUAAACAAACUUAAUUAUUAUUAUAGCACCUUUGGUGGCAAAGGACAAAUUAACCUGAUCCUAUUAACCCGAGGACAAGGGUCUUAAAAUAAGUCUGUUAUUUCUUUGAAUAAAAGGCAUAUUUUGAUAGUUA